ACGAGGAACCACCGCUGCAUAUUCUCCGACACUUCUCACCGUUGACGACUGUCCCCUAUAAAUGGACACAACCAUUCUACUGUUCUGCUCAUUCUAUCAGUUCCCGUUCUUCCAGUUCCAUUCAGUAUCUCUCCAGAACUCGGUCCAGUCACAAGUGCCCGUGCCAGUCUCCAUUCAGCAAAAUAAAUCAUGUUGAUUUUAGCGCUUUCGGUGAUUGUGGCCAUCGCUGCCGUCACAAUCGUGCUCCACUUUCGACUGACCCAGUUUGAAAAGAUUCCGGGACCUCCAGCCUGGCCUCUCGUCGGGAGUUCGCUGCAGUUUAUGAACCUGAGUCCAGUUGAUAUAUUCAAACUGCUGCGCAAGUACUCCAAAACGUACGGCAAGGCGUAUAAAAUAAGCUUCGGGUACGACUACACUUUGAUGUUUGCGAAGCCCGAAAUUGCCGAGAAAAUUCUCAACACCCAAUCGUACGCGGACAAGUCCAGCGACUACGACAAGGUGGCCGAAUGGAUCGGCCACGGACUGCUCGUCUCCAAGGGCGAAAAGUGGUUCCAGCGGCGAAAGGUCCUCACGCCCGGCUUCCACUUCCGGAUACUGGAAAGCUUCGUGCGGGUGUUCAACGAGCACAGUGACGUGUUCUGCCAAAAGUUGGCCACCUUGCAGGGCUCCGAAGUGGACAUUUUCCCCCGCCUCAAGCUGUUCACACUGGACGUCCUGUGCGAAACAGCCCUCGGCUAUCGGUGCAACUCACAGACGGAGGAUCCGGCCUAUCCGCGAGCCGUUGACGAGAUCAUGUCCAUCCUGAACUGGCGCUUUUUCAACCCGUUCGCCAGCAUUGAUGUGUUGUUUCGGUUUACCAAGCAGUACAAGCGGUUCCACCAGUUGAUUCGGGAGACGCAUCGCUUCACGCUGGACAUUAUCAACGAGCGGAGAAGGGAAGCCAGCAGGGCGGCGGAGGUGGACGAGGACGAGGACCUGCGGGAUGAUGGCGGAUGUGGGACUAGGAAGAAGAAGCUGGCCUUGUUGGAUAUACUGCUGGGGGCGACGAUCGAUGGGAAGCCGCUGUCCGAUGAUGAUAUUAGAGAAGAGGUUGAUACGUUUACGUUUGCGGGUCACGAUACCUCAGCAUCAGCGCUGACCUUCAUUCUGUACAACAUCGCAAAACACCCGGAGAUCCAGCAGCGAAUGUACGACGAGAUUGUCGAAGUUGUCGGACCAGACUCUACGGAACUCACGUUACACACCCUAAACGAACUCCGCUUUCUCGACCUAGUCAUCAAGGAAUCCCUUCGGAUGUUUCCACCGGUUCCGAUGAUCGCUCGCCACGCCACGGAACGGACCGAAAUCGAGGGGAGCGUCAUCCCGGUCGGCACCAUCGUUGGCGUGGACAUUUUCGAAAUGCACCGUGACUCGGACUACUUUGAGGACGCCGAACGGUUCAAUCCGGACCGCUUUGAGGCGGUUAGGGAAGCUGGAAAGAGCAACCCGUUUACUUACAUUCCGUUCAGUGCUGGCAGUAGGAAUUGCAUCGGUCAAAAGUUCGCCCAGUACGAAAUCAAGACGGCCGUCACAAAGAUCCUCCAGAACUUCACACUGGAACUACCCUCCCCGAACUUUGAGCCCGCCCUCAAAGCCGAAAUCGUACUCAAACCAGCCGGACCGUUGCCAAUCCGAUUCAUCCAACGAAAUGCUGCACCUUGAAACAACAACCAAACUUUAAAUGCUAAAUCUCCAUCUUUAUUUCUCGAAUAUCUCAUCGUAGCGGUCAACCAUGGUGAUGAUGCACUCCCGCGGCACGGCACUGACCGUCUCGAAGCGCUCCGGGCACACGUCGGUGAGCGUCUCGUUGAAGAUGCACGAACUCAUCAGCAUCGCCAAGCUGAGCGUGUCCAUCUCGUUGUCCUCGACGGCGACGACCCUGGUGGAAAAAGAUAUUUGAAAUGCUAUAGGGGAGAGUGGGGAGACUUGAUCCCCGGGGACACUUGAUCUCAAGCCUGUAUCUCGUUAGCAUGUGGGUAAAACAAUUAGCUUUGUUUUAGAAAGUUGUGCGAAAUGGAGUAAAACUCAUUGUAGAAAACAAAGAAAAAAAUUAAAAAAUGUUUAGAUUGAGUUACACACAUUUUUCUAAAAAGUGCUGCAAAAAACUUCCAAGAGAUCUUUUUUCUUUGUUUUGAUAAGUAUAGAAAACACUCAAAAAUUAUUCAAAAAAUAUGUUUUAUACAUGAAUUGUUUGAUAAACAUAUCAACUCCAAAACCCUUACGAAUUUGACGGUAAAUUUAUCCUCAAACUAUUUUUACAAUCAAUUGUUUAAAAAAGUGCGUUUAGGGAGACUUGAUCCCUGCAUUUUUACAGUCACCGGAAUCAGCCUCAAGAUUUAAUAAUUGGGCUGGGUUUUCGUACAUAGUUUCCUUUAGUAUAGUUGUACAUAACUUACUGCAGUUUGAACCAUUUUUCAAAAGUUUUGUAAACAAAAAUUACAACAACAAAAAAACAACAAAAAUUUUGGUUUAAAAGAGAAAAUUUUAAGUUUUUAAAUAUUUUGCAUGCUAAACUUGUUAUAUUUUGAACGCAAACGUACAGAUUUAAUGUGAAAUUGCUUUAACUUAUAGAAAAUUAAAAGUUUGGAUGAAUAAGAAACAUUUUGCUUAAGAUUUCUUCAAAAUGUUGAAAGGGGGAUCAAAUUACCCCCAACAUAUUGAAAAUGCCGGUUUAAAAUAUUUUUCCAAAACGCUUGGCAUGAUUCGAAGAGUUUAUCUGAUUAAAUACCCUUAUCAGCCAAACAUAGUUGAAUAUUUAAGCUUUCAAUUCAUGCAAAAAGUUCAUAGUUUUGUGAGAAAUUGACAGAGUUAUGUGCGAUACAAAAAAAUGGGAUCAAGUCUCCCCACUCUCCCCUACCUAUUGACAAGAUGGCGAUGUCUGAUGAGUUUGAUACCAACGUUUGAAAUUUCAAACUAGAAUCAGAUUGAAACCUGGUUCAAUAGAUUCUAACAGUAUUUUUUGAAAUAUAUAACCUUAAACAAAUAUAAUUAAUAAAAUAAACAAACAAACACAUACAA